UAUUCAUCAGUUCAACAACGGAGAUAUUUAUUUCUCUCGCGCCACCCCCAACGCGUACCCAUUAAAGGCAUACCCCGACCUGUCGCAAACUGAGCUUCUCUGGUCGCCUUUUUUCUUUUGUUUCCUGGCCGACCUAGACUCAGACUAGAGCAGCUGUCGGAAACCGAGGCGCAUUCGUUCCUGCCGCUAUUUUGUACCGCAAGCCCACGAUUAAGCUCGGAAAGACCGCCUCGAUUGCGUGCUCAAAGUCAAACUAACCCUGCGUCAAGCUGUCGUCUCAUAUCCCCACCUCUUCCCUAGCAGCACCAUUUUACACUAUCUGCGCAACAUUGCAGGUAUACAUCAGCAAUAAAUAGUCUUGCCAAGCAGGGGCCAGCUUUUUCGAAUUAGCCGUCGCAGCAGAAAUUGUUGCGAGGAGUCUGCCGCUACACUCCUGGACCUACUUAGAUUUACUUGAAGGUGCUCCUAUAUCUCAAGCAAACUAGUCUAUAACACAGGAUUAGCCAUGUCCAAAGAAAGCAAUCGAGACAUAUCACCCGACGGGCUCACCCCUUCACCUCCAGAUCUUCGACAAGAUGGAGGUAACGGGAUUUCACUUCGGACACCACUGCGAGACUUUCGACAAUGGUUCGGUGGACCUGCAGUGACCAUCGGCCCCCGCAUCACUUCAUUUGUUGUCCCCUCGGUCGAAUCCGACUCUGAAGCCAGCUCUGAGCUUGUACAAAAACAGAUUGACAGCGAGGCAAAUGCGGGCAUUCAGUAUCGCACAUGUAGUUGGCAAAAGACGGCAGCACUCCUCUUCUCUGAGUAUAUCUGCCUGGCAAUCAUGAGCUUUCCUUGGUCAUACAGUGUACUUGGACUUGUGCCUGGACUCAUCUUCACUGUGUUUGUCGCACUCAUAGUGCUGUAUACAUCACUGGUCCUUUGGGAAUUUUGUCUACGACAUCCCGAGGUUCGCGAUGUUUGCGAUAUCGGGCAGAUGCUUUUCUGGGGCAAGAAAUGGGCCUGGUAUGCCACAGCCGUCAUGUUUCUGCUCAACAACACGGGUCUCCACGUGCUAGUGGGUUCAAAAUAUAUCAAUACGAUGACUGGGACAAACGCGUCAGUUCAGUGCCAGACAGUUAGCUUUGGCAUCAUCGUAGCCAUUGUCUGUUGGCUGUGCUCCCUUCCUCGAACCUUUAGCAUGUUGAGUAAGCUCGGGACGGCAUCGGCUGCUUUUACCUUCAUCUCGGUUCUCCUUGCUACCAUCUUUGCCGGCAUCCAAGGAGACCCAGCAGGAUUCGACUCGUCCAAGAGUGGCGGAAAUCCAAUCGUCACGGCCUUCCCGACAGCCAGCACCACGUUCGUCAUGGCUACAACUGCUUUCCUGAAUAUCAGCUACACGUUCAUUGGUCAGAUAACACUGCCAAGUUUUAUUGCUGAGAUGAAGGACCCUAGAGACUUUCCCAAAGCCCUCUGGGCCUGCACCAUCGCCGAGAUCUUUGUCUUCAGCAUCGUCGGGUCUGUCAUCUACGUUUACACGGGCAAUCAAUACAUGACAGCGCCGGCCUUUGGUUCCCUUCAUGAUGUCUACAAAAAGGUAUCAUUCUCCUUCAUGAUACCUACAAUCAUUUUCCUGGGAGUCUUGUACGCCUCGGUCUCGGCACGCUUCAUUUUCUUUAGGCUAUUUGAUGGCUCGAGGCACAAGAGCGAACACACAGUUGUAGGCUGGUCCGCCUGGGCUGCAAUUCUUUUUACCACCUGGAUUCUUGCCUUUAUUGUCGCCGAGGUUAUACCCUUUUUCUCGGACCUCCUCUCCCUCAUGUCAUCGCUGUUUGAUAGCUUCUUCGGCUUCAUAUUCUGGGGCGUCGCUUACUUCCGCAUGCGCCGUGCCGACCGUCGCAAGAAUCCCGACGAGCCACGGACAGCCACGGGGAUUGCGCUCAGUGCGCUCAACGUCUUCAUCAUUCUCAUCGGUGUAUUCUUCCUCACUGUCGGCACCUAUGCCACAGUACAAAGCAUUAUCGAUUCGUUCCAUGCAGGCGCUGUUGGAUCCGUCUUCACAUGUGCGAGCAAUGGGCUUUAAUGGUGGGUUGGAGUUUAUAAGGCUGGCUUGAUGUCUUUCAAGGGGGGAAGCGUCGGGCAUGCAUGCUUGGGAAACCUUUUUUAUACCCGCCGUAAGGUGUUACAUAUGGUGACGUUAAAUAG